AUGGAAAAGUCAGAGAGCAACAUUAUCAAGGCAUUGCAUUCGUCAUCUUCAUCAUCAUUCCUCAAUGACUACAUACUUUAUGGUUCAAAUCUGGACCUGAAUCAACUGGAUUUGGUCAAUCAAAAUGAUACAAGACAAGCCAAGGAUUCAAACAAUGUUCCAUCGUCAUCAUCAUCAUCACCAUCCAAAAACACUCUACAACACUCUUUGACAACGAUAACGACAUCAUCAUCAUUGGAAUCAUCGUCAUCAUCACCUCAAACUCAAACUCCAGCACCAAUUCCAAAGAGACAGGUGCCAAAUCGUGGACUGCCGCCAGUGCCAAACUCCUCACGAAACAAGUCAAUGAUGAUAUCAUCCAGUCCGGCUGUCCCAACGACCUCCAGCAAGCUGGCGCGAUCGGGAAGCACGCCCAAGAGUGGCAAGCACAGUCGCAGCGACCGCCACCAACACAACAAGGCGCUGGGCGCCAGCGUCAAUAUCGAGAAGUACCAGACAAUCUACCAGAACUACCACAAGCACGCGUUUGGCAUCGACUUCCAGACGCAGUUCAAGCUAACCAAGAGCUUUUCCAGCAUCCCUGAGGAGAUUCGCGCGGCCCCUCCCACCAACGAGGGCGAGCUGUACUACUUCAUCUUCCACAACGGGCGCCAGCGCGGCAGUCCCAACGACGCGCUAUGGAUGGUGUUGCGCGAGUACUACUUGUUCAUACAUACGAGCGCGGACGACACCGAGCCCGUCGACUACAUCGAUCUGCGACAAACACGUCUCAUCGUGCAUCUCAAGAAGAUUGAGCGGGCUGUCGACCAGCGAUACAGCUAUGGACUCAAGCUGAUCAGCUGCCAAGCUGACAUCACCACGCACUUCCUCUGGUCCAUGGACCCCAAACUCAUCAUAAUGUGGACAAUCGCCAUUGGUCAUCAUACAUCAAACUUCACGCUCGACCAAGAAAUGGACAUCAUCAACAAGAUCCUCGAGGUCAGUCAGCCAGUGUCAUUGAAUGGAAGUGGUUCAUAUUCAAAACAUGUGGAAGACAAGGUUGUGGACAACAAGACAAAGUAUACAGUGACGAUGGAGGAUGACAAUCCAUCAAUAUCCAUCGCUCAUAAGGACACUCAUUCACAAUCAUUCUUUGAUGAACUAUUCGACCCUCAACGCAAGACAUACAAGAUGAUCGCAAGGAACUUGGAAAGCCCAGACGAUGUCAACAGACUUGUUAAAUAUGCUUUAAAUCAAAGAGGUGACUUGAGCAAACAGUUCGUGGAGCACGUGGAGAUUAUAAACUAUCAUGUCACAUAUCAGAUGGAGAAGGAGAAGGAGAAGGAGACAUUGAGAAAGAUGAUCAAGGAUGUAAUAUUAGAACUCACUCAGACCAUUUGCCACAAGUUGCCAGACGUAACAUUGACAGACAAGACAGGCCUCACGGUACAAUACGCCGUCGAGCGCGCACUUUUCAAUCACCUACACCCAGCCAUAUACGGCCACUACAUCCAGCAGUACGCUCAGGAGGACGAGGAGCACACGGCCAAGGUGCGCCAGUUCCUCACGCUGACGCCCAUGCAUCUGUCCAUACCCCAAAAGUUCUGGCUCAUUGAUGAUCACCCGUCUGGCAUCGAUGGCAGCGAUGAGCUGGUGCCAUACCAACAUGCCAUCGACAUCAUGUCGAAACUGUACACAUACCAAUCACCCUCUGACAAGAUCCAAUGUCUUGUCGAUACCUCCAACGCCAUCUGCGAAGACAUUCGAUUAUUCUGGCGUGCACGCAAGAACAGACCAGACCUAACAUUAGGCGCUGAUGACCUACUUCCAUUAUUCACCUUUGUCAUUAUCAAGUCCAAGAUUCCACAUAUGUAUACAGAGAGUAUAUACUUGCAGGACUUUCUGGACGAUUCACUGAGCACCAAGAUACAGGGCUACUUCUUGGUAACAUUCCAAACAUGUCUAUCACUGCUUUGCGCAUGGGACCUCGACGAACUACUUCAGAAUGCAUCACAAAACUAUGAUAACAUUAUCAAUACUUCGGCAUCAUCAUCAUCAUCAUCAUUAUUGUUGAACACCAGUACCAACAGUAACAACUCAACACCAUCCUCAUCACCCAAUGACAACGAUCUUAGCAUUAGUGGUAUUGAUGCCAGUGGUGAAGAAUGGUGCAUACUCAGUUCAUCGCAUUAA